AGACAUCGGUAUCAGUGAGAGUAGACCGUGCAGACGGUCCUCGGCGCGGCAGUCGGUCAACGAUUUUGUUCGUUGCGUUCACAUUCUCGCUCGUCACUGCAACGAUUAGACGUGCGUACGAGCGAUUUCCGAAAUUUCCGGCGGUACAACUGUUGCCUGCGUGCUCUGCCGAGUCGAUUGAACCGCGUCCGCUCGUUGUACUUUUGCGAAUCUCCCCUGGAACGGCCGUCAUUCGCCGACGGUUAUGAUCGUUGACGCAGUACCGUCACUGCACACAACGUCUGCCCGACGUUCGUUCACGGUUUUCAGGUAGAGCCCCAACGUGGUACCAGCAAAACACGCGCACGUCGCUCGAAAGAAAACAGCGAUCGUGCUCAUCCGACAAUAAUCGCCGUGGUACGCCGCUUUACCACGAUGAGCGUCGAUCAGAGAAGCCAUGUGUCCACGCGACUACAGGUCCAUAACUGCGUCGUGCAGCCUCUGCUAACAGAUUUAUAUCAAAUUACAAUGGCUUAUGCAUAUUGGAAAUCAGAAAAAACAUCAGAUACUGCUGUAUUUGAUUUAUUCUUUCGCCAGAAUCCAUUUCAGGGCGAGUUUACUAUAUUUGGCGGCUUAGAGGAAUGUUUAAGAUUUUUGGAAAAUUUCAAUUAUUCUGAUAGUGAUAUUGAAUACUUAAAAACAGCAUUACCACCAACAAUUGAACAGUCCUUUUUUGCAUAUUUGAAGGAAUUAACAGCUAAAGAUGUGAAACUGUAUGCAAUUGAUGAAGGCUCAGUUGUAUUUCCAAGAGUGCCUUUAAUUCGAGUUGAAGGACCUUUAAUUGUAGUUCAACUGCUAGAAACUACUUUAUUAACAUUGGUCAACUUUUCUAGCUUAAUGGCAACAAAUGCUGCUAGGUACAGAAUGGCAGCAGGUGAUAAUGUAUCGUUAUUAGAAUUUGGUUUAAGGCGAGCUCAAGGACCAGAUGGUGGUUUGUCGGCUUCUAAAUAUGCAUAUAUUGGAGGAUUUGAUGGAACAAGUAAUUUACUUGCCGGAAAAAUGUUCAAUAUACCUGUAAAAGGAACUCAUGCUCAUGCAUAUAUAACAUCAUUUUCUAAUCCUAGUGAACUGAAAACAAAGACACUUAUUAAUUUGAAUAAUGGUAAAGAACAAGAUUUAAUUGAUUUGACUUUAUCAUGGCGCACUACACUAUCAACUCUUUUAAACAUAUCUGAAAGCCAAGCAUCUGAUGGAGAACUAGCAGCUCUUGUUUCAUUUGCCAUUGCUUUUCCUGAAGGUUUUAUAGCACUCAUAGACACUUAUGAUGUAAACAAGUGGCAUUUCUUAGGACCAAAACAGUUACCUGUCAUUUCAAGUUUUGGGAGUGGUAUCUUAAAUUUUUGUGCAGUAGCGCUGGCAUUAAAUGAUCUUGGAUACAAAGCUAUUGGUGUUAGGAUUGAUAGUGGUGAUUUGGCAUAUUUGUCAAAUAAAUCUCGUGAGACUUUUGUCAAAAUUGCAAAAGAGUUUAAUAUACCUUGGUUUGCUAAUUUAACCAUAAUUGCAUCAAAUGAUAUAAAUGAAGAAACUAUUUGGAGUUUAAAUGACCAGAAACAUAGUAUUGACUGCUUUGGAAUUGGGACACAUUUAGUUACAUGCCAAAGACAACCAGCUCUAGGUUGUGUGUAUAAAUUAGUUGAAGUAAAUGGGAUGCCUCGUAUCAAAUUAAGUCAAGAUGGUAGCAAAAUUACAAUGCCUGGAAAAAAAAAUGCAUUUAGGUUGUAUGGUGGUGAUGGAUUUGCUUUAAUAGACUUGUUGCAAAAGUCUGUUGAAAAUUUACCUGUUGCCAAAACAAAACUUCUUUGCAGACAUCCAUUUGAUCAAAAGAAACGAGCAUUUGUUGUACCUUCUGAAAUACAGCCGUUAUACAAACUCUAUUGGGAAAAUGGCCACAUAAUGCAAAGGUUACCAGAUUUAAAAGAAAUUCGAGAACAUGUUAAAGAAUCAUUAAGAACAAUACGCCCUGACAUAAAAAGAAAUCUAAAUCCUACGCCUUAUAAAGUAUCCGUGUCAGAUGAUCUGUAUGAAUUUAUGCAUGAAUUGUGGAUGCAAAACACUCCCAUUGGAGAAUUGUCUUGAUGUGAUGCUUAACUUUUUGAAGACGACAACUUAAUGACCCUAAUAGUCAAAUUGAGUUAUAGUUUAUAUAAAAAAUACUUAAAUUAUACAAAAAA